CGCGGGGGCGAAAGAGCCGAGCGGGGGCCCCUGCGAGGACCGGAGCGGCGGGGAUGGAGGCCUAGAACCUGUGCCAGCUGCUUUCCUGGUAGUGGUUUCAGCCUCCUGCUUCUGGCGUUUGGGGCUCCAUUAUGACAGAAGAGCCAGCCUUCUGAGCUCAGAAUGAUUGUACUGGCUCCAGCCCUUCACUUAGGACCCCGAGACCAUGGCUGAGAAGGGCCUCAGGAGAGCUCUGAGCUCUUCCCUCCACAGCGACGACCUCUUAAGCGACAUGGAGCUGCUGCCAGCCUCGGACCCCCCCACCCCUGGGCAGCAGGUGCCCUGUUCUCAGCUGGCCACCCCAUAUACCUCCAAAGUGACCACCCAGCUCUACGCCUCCCUUCACCAGAGCCGACAGGCCGAGGCUCAGGCCUCUUCUCGGCUGGAGGGACAGCGCGGCUCGGCCUUAGCUAGGAAUGCCAUGGAUGCUGAUGUCGAUAUGGACACUCUGGCGGAAGAGCUGAGCCAUCGGCUUUCCGCCAGCGUGGAGGCCAGUGCGUUUAGGCAGGGUGCCGUGGCCGAGUCGCGUCACAUUUCCGAGAUGGAGAACGUGCGGUGCCACCUGCAGAGUAUGUUGCGGGGAUCCAGAGAUGUGCCUGGGGGUCCAACAGUCACGCUAGAAUCCUUGGAACGCAAAGAUGACGACUCCUUUGAGAGUGACAGCACGGGUGCUCUGCUCAACGCCCGUCCUCUGCACGAUGUCUCCCCUCCAGGAUCUCUGGCCAGCUUUGAGGAUCUCUUCCCCCGCUACACCAGCCUGCGCCUGGGUCAUUUCCAUGAUCCAGUCUCCCAGCUGGAUCCCCGCUUGUUAAAAGACGCUUUGGAGAAAGAACAGGCCCGGCGGAAACACUGCGAGCGGCACAUCCAGGCCCUCCAGAACCGCAUCCUGGAGCUGCAGCAACAGCUGGCGGUGGCCGUCUCGGCCGACCAGAGGAAAGACAGCAUGAUCGAGCAGCUGGAUAAGACUUUGGCCAAAGUGGUGGAAGGCUGGAACCAGCAGCAGGCCGAGAGGACGGCGACCCUGCGCAGGCUGCAGGCCGAGAAGGAGACCGCUGAACAGGGGCUGGGGAGGCAGAAGGAGAAAAUGUCAGAGCUGGAAGGACGCCUCCAGCAGGCCUUGUCCACCCUCCACCGGGAACAGCAGCUGGCCAGCCAGUACUGCAGGGAGAAAGAGGCCUUGGAGAAGGAAAAGGCUGCCCUCUCCUGCAGCUUGGAGGCAGAGCGUGUCCGGGGGCAGAGCCUGGAAGCCGAGUGGGAUCUGGACCGGCGGCAGCGGGACGCUCUGCGGGCCACCCUGGAGGAGCAGCAGAGGACCUGGGUCCAGCGGGAGAAACAGCUGGAGGAGCAGCUCCAGACGGCGCAGGAGGAGAGCCGGCUGCACCUCGAGAAGGAGAAGAUGGUGGCCCAGCGGGAAGCCCAGAAGGCCCUGGAGGCCCAACAGGCCUUGUCGACGGUGCAGGCAGAGAUGCAGGGCCUGCAGGCCGACCUGGAAGCCGUGCGGCGAGAGAGGGACACCGUGAAGAUGGAGAUGAGCUUGCUGAAGGCCCGCUUCGAGACCCAGAAGGCCAAGCUGGAGUCGGAGCUGAAGGUGGCCUUAGAACAGCGCGUGACGGAGCGGCUGGCCGAGGUUCACGAGGACAGCUUGCGCCAAAUGAGCGCUAUGCGAGAACAGCACAGGAAGCAGUUGCUGGAGCUAAGCAGCCACCAUGAGAAAGAGUUGGCGAAACAGCUGGCUCAGUUCAAAUUGGAUUUGUCUGAGAAGGAGGCUCAACAGAAGCGCCUCACUGAGGACUACGAACAUAGGCUCUCCAAGCAGCGCGACGACUUGCGAGAGUUCAAGGCCAGGUACCGGCGCCUGGAGGCUCAGCGGGCCGAGAUGGUCAGCCAGUUCCAGGCCAUGAUGCAGUCCCACUGGAACGAGGCCCUACGGCUCUUCGCCACCGGCGGCCCUUCCCUCCAGCCUUCGCCCAAAGCCCCGUGCCAGGAGUCUGAAUCAGACCCCAACUCCGAGUCAGGAUUUCUGGGGCCCCCUGACCCGCCCAAGAAGACCCCGAAGGGGGAGACUCUCUGCAGCAAUGCUGGCAUGGGCGACGGCAAGGAGCUGGCGUGGGCCAAGGUGGGGCCGCUGCAGCCUGUCCUCCAUCAGCAGACCAAAUUGCAGGGGGGCUCGGAAGGUCCCGAAAAACGCCUGCGGGAGUCUUCCCGGCCUUUCCUGCCCCUGGUGCCGGACGUAGGGCGCCUCUCCUCCGAAUUCAGCCACAUUCUCAACUCCAGCCUCCUCAGCCAACAGGGCUUCCAGCAGCUGGACCCCCAGGUGGACACCACCAUCGCCGGACCAGGUUUGAAUUUCCACCCGGAAAACCUGGCUGAACACCCCUUUGCGGAUGAGAGGGACGACUCCAGCCCGGAGUUGGCAGGGAAUGACAGCGAGGUCACUCAGCCCAGCACUGGGGAGAGUGGGACGCAGGGACUGCAGCCGGACUUAAACUACUAUAUGCGCCUGCUUCUGAGCCACUCAGACUUCGAAGGAAGCGCUCCGCAGACUGAGACGUGUGCCGCAGACAGCCCACCCCGUACCAUGAAUCGGACCCAGGCCGGUAACUCUCAGUUUUAUCACGAACGGUCCACAGCCCUCUGGGAUCCGGCGCAGUCCUCUCAGCACGAUUCGCAUCCAGCCACCCAGCAGCGCCGCCGUCCAAAAAACCAAAGUCCCCCUGCCCAAAUCUGGACCGGUCUGCUUAAGCCUGGAACCAGUGAGCCCCUCCAAACAGAACGUUGCCCACGAAGAAGGCAUCCUGUCCCCCAACCACGUGGCAGCCGUCUCGCUCCUUCUCAAACAGUACCAGGCCAAGGGGAGACCUGUGCCCUCCACAGAAGAGCUGUACAAAUACUUGCACAGGAUAGGGCAGAACGGCCCAGAAACCAAAGGCGACGGGAACCUGCCAGCCCGCCGGAACCUCGAUCCGAAAUUGUCCGAAUCGAUGAGGAAAGAGGGCCCUCCCAGCCGGCGGGCGGGGAGCUCAGGGCCUGGUCGCGAGAGGUCCCACGCUCCUGGGAAGACGGGGAAGAAGCUCUCCGGUUCGCUGGCCUCACACUCUCGCAGCAGCAGCAGCAGCCGGGGAGGGAGCGUGUGGAGAUAGCGUCUCGGCCACCGGAUCGCUUAUCUCCGCCCCCCCCCGCCCCCCCAUUUCGUGGCUUUGUCCGCUGGAUCGACACAGGUGGAGCAUCGCCAACAAACCCUGGCUUGCUGUCCAGCUAGGGAAUCUAAAAUAAGGCUGGGAAUGGAAGACUGUGUCGUUUUAAGCCGCCACUCUGGCAAAGUCAGAAAUGGGAACGACCUCCGUGGGGCCCCGUUUUGGGGUCGCCGAGAAACGAUGCCGCCAGACCUUUGCAAGAUCUACUUCUCGGGAUCUCUGAAUUUCAUCCGUCGGCGUUUCUCUUAUUCCCGAGGUCCAUUCUGCAGUCCAUUUGCAGAAGAAGUCUCCAAACAUGGCCGCCUUAAGACUUGUGGACUUCAAACUCCCAGAAUCCCCCAGCCAGCUCCUCCCCCCCUCUCCCUUCUCUGAGAAUCAAGAUAUAUUACGUCGACCGCAUACCCGCUAUCAAGGAAUUUAUCCCAUUUUUUAAAAAAAAUGCAAUAAAGGUAGUUUAGCCACAUUGGUUCUUAUCCAUGCUGAAUUCUGGCUGGGGAAUUCUGGGAGUUGAAGCCCAAAAGUUUUAAAUUGGCUAAGUUUGGAGUCUUCCACAGCUUUGUUCCACCCGACCUCAAAGGAAAGAGGCUUUCUUAGCGUCAAGUUACAGGAUGCAUUUGCAACCUUCUCCAUAAGCAACCUUUCCUGGCUUAUUUCAAGCCCAUCCUAAACCUGGUUUGUCGUGUUUACUUCUGGAUACACCAAGUUCUAGGAACGCCCGGCUUGGCUUUAUACGUUUGCUCUUUUUUGCAGAGUUUAUUAUUUUUGUAAAAAGGUUAUUUUCUAAAUAAAUGGCACCGUGAGCUGUUUUUAAGCAA